UUCCGCUGGAGGCCCUACCUGACCAAGCACCAGAGGGUCCACCUGGGCAAUGCUGCCUACAGAGGCCUCAACAACAGAGAAGCCAUCUUUGAUGUCUCGUCCUGCCCUGAGCCUCUGGGAAGACUAGUGGCAGGGGGUGCCAUCGAGAGUGGCGCCCCAGAAGCCGAGUCCCUGCGUCCUGCCUCUGCCUUAUCGAAGCCGUGCAGCAGGGUGAAGCCCAGCCCUGAGAUCUGUGGGCUCAGCCGAGGCUCAGGUGGGCCGCCGCUCAGGUGGCCCAUAAAGACUGAAUCAGAGCCGCUCCCCGGUGGGAAUGACGUCACCGACCUCAGCCAAAUCAAGAUCGUUCAGGUGGAGAAGAAACACGUGUGCCACGACUGUGGGAAAGCCUUCCAGUAUAAGUUCGAGUUGGUGAAGCACCGCCGGACCCACACGGGGGAGAAGCCCUUCGAGUGCCUGGCUUGCGGGAAGCGGUUCUUCCAGAGCACGCACCUCAACGCCCACCUGCGCAUCCACACGGGCGAGAAGCCUUACGAGUGCCCCAGGUGUGGGCGGAGCUUCAACCGGCGCUCCACCCUGACGGAGCACCUGAGGAUCCACACCGGGGAGAAGCCGUACAAGUGCCUCCAGUGCGGGGAGAGCUUCCGCUGGAGGCCCUACCUGACCAAGCACCAGAGGGUCCACCUGGGAGAUAAUGCCUACCGAUACUUCGACAGCAGGGACGGCCUUUAUGACAGCUCUUCCUUCCCAGAACAUCAGGAGGAGAACCGACCAGAAUAUCUAACAUCCACUCCAGAUUUAAUCUCCCAACGAGAGCCGUGGGGGCUCCAGCGCUCAGAGGAAAGGGAGAAGCGAGAGAGCCGGAGUCUAGGCAAGGGACAAGUCGAACCCUCUCGGAUCCUGUCUGAGGGAGAAUCGGAAGGCCACAAAUCACCCACCGGCCCGGCUCCUCCUUACAGUGGGACAAGAUCCAGAGAUGCUUGUGACAAUGUCACGGACGAAAACUUGGCAGAAAGUCAGCCACGGGGUGGCCUUGUGAUAGGAGAAGGCGGUGGUGUGUUACCACGCAGCUCUAAAAGAGAUGGUUCCCUGCAGCCCAGGAUAGCUUCCGAUAAGAUCAUUUUGUCCUCUGGUUCCUGAGUUUGCCUUUGGAGAAGUUGACGAUAGGGAUGGAGAAAACAGCCCAGCAGCGGAAAGACGACAGCAUCCCGCGCAAAAUCUUUUUAUCCAGGAGAAAAAAAGAAAGAAAGAAAAGAA